UAAAGAGUGGCUUCCAUACAUUGAGGUCUGUUUCAUCAACUGAAAGAAAAGAUGGAAAAAGAAAAGCUGAAGAAGUGCAUGCCCACCCUUUGAAUGACAAGACUACAUUUUUUUGUACACAUCUUGGUUUUUAAAGAGGAUUUGAACUUCUAGGGUCCAAGGACAAAACUAAUAAAUGUGCCUUGGCUAUUGUGUUUGGCCAAGUGACUAAUGAAGAAAAGCACUGACUGUGGCUGACUGUGGGAGUUUGAGUCACCUGCAACAGGGAGACAGAUUGUCGAGAGCCCUGUAUCUGCUGCCAGUGUGACCUGACCUUCUCCAGUGCCCCCUUCUCUGUGCCAACUAUGAGUUCCUGCAACUUCACACAUGCCACCUUUGUGCUUAUUGGUAUCCCAGGACUAGAAGAAGCCCAUUUUUGGAUGGGCUUCCCCCUGCUUUCAAUGUAUGUCAUGGCAGUAUUUGGAAACUGCAUCGUGGUCUUUAUCAUAAGGAUGGAGCGCAGCCUGCACGCUCCCAUGUACCUCUUUCUCUGCAUGCUGGCAGCCAUUGACCUGGCCUUGUCCACAUCCAUCAUGCCCAAGAUCCUCGCCCUCUUCUGGUUUGAUUCCCGGGAGAUUACCUUUGAUGCCUGCAUUGCCCAGAUGUUCUUCAUUCAUGCUCUCUCAGCCAUUGAGUCCACCAUCCUGCUGGCCAUGGCCUUUGACCGUUAUGUAGCCAUCUGCCACCCAUUACGCCAUGCUGCAGUGCUCAACAAUACUGUAACAGCCCAGAUUGGCAUGGUGGCUGUGGUCCGUGGAUCUCUCUUUUUCAUCCCACUGCCUCUGCUCAUCAAGCGGCUGGCCUUCUGCCGCUCCAAUGUGCUCUCACAUUCCUAUUGUGUACACCAGGAUGUGAUGAAGUUGGCCUCCACAGACACAUUGCCCAAUGUGGUCUAUGGUCUUACUGCCAUUCUGCUGGUUAUGGGCAUGGAUGUCCUGUUCAUCACCUUGUCCUAUUUUCUGAUUAUACGAACAAUUCUACAACUGCCCUCCAAGUCAGAGCGGGCCAAGGCCUUUGGAAACUGUGUGUCACACAUCAGUGUGGUAUUGGCCUUCUAUGUGCCUCUCAUUGGCCUCUCAGUGGUGCACCGUUUUGGAAACAGCCUUCCUCUCAUUGUGCAUGUUCUCAUGGGUGAUGUCUACCUACUUGUGCCUCCUGUGAUAAAUCCCAUCAUCUAUGGUGCCAAAACCAAACAGAUCAGAACUCGGGUUCUGGCUAUGUUCAAGAUCAGCUGUGACAAGAAUCUUCAGACUGUGUGAUGCAGGUGACCCUUACCACUACAUUUCCCCUUAUCCUUAAUGGCUUGAUAUAAUGACUUACUAAUGUUCGCUUAAUUUCAGUUGCUUAUAUAAAUGUCAGUGGUUUUGUCUGGUAAGACCUCUAAAUUCUGCCUCAGCUCAGAGUGAUAUUUAAGGAAAUAUUAUGAUUUCCUUCCAUAGAUCAAAACAUUACUGAUAUCUGUAUUAUAUUUAAAAAAUAAUAAUUAGAAAAUCUACUGAUCCUCAAAAAUAUUUUAA